UGCAACUAAUGCAGUCUUAUCUGCCACUCCUACAGGAAUUCCUUAUAAACAAUUGACUGUAGGUGUCCCCAAGGAGAUAUUUGAGAAUGAGAAGAGAGUGGCUCUAUCGCCGGCUGGAGUUCAAGCCUUGGUUAAACAAGGCUUCAAUGUUGUGGUGGAGUCUGGAGCUGGAGAAGCUUCCAAGUUUUCUGAUGACCAUUACAGAGAAGUUGGAGCAAAGAUCCAGGGGACCAAGGAAGUCCUGGCUUCUGAUUUGAUUGUCAAAGUGAGGGCUCCUGGUUAUAACUCAGAUCUAGGUGUACAUGAAGCAGAUCUUUUUAAGACGGCGGCUACACUGAUUAGUUUUAUCUACCCAGCACAAAAUCCAGACCUCCUGAAAAAACUUGCAGAAAAAAAAACUACUGUCUUGGCUAUGGAUCAGGUUCCACGGGUCACCAUUGCUCAGGGAUAUGAUGCACUUAGUUCCAUGGCCAACAUUGCUGGUUACAAGGCUGUGGUCCUGGCAGCAAAUCACUUCGGUCGAUUUUUCACCGGUCAGAUCACAGCUGCUGGUAAAGUUCCUCCAGCAAAG